AAGAAAUGUACCGCAUACCUGGAGGGUAGUCGUGGUACAGAAGUGCCCGAAAUUUAAUUGUCAUUAAACUAUUUUUAAGCAAAGCAUUAUAAUAAAUUUAUUGGAUUUUACAGUGUAUUUUUAUUGAUUUGCGACAACAAAGAAUGACCUGAAAAAAUAUUUGCUUCCCAGUGUUUACGAUCACAAGUUGAAUAGACCCGAGAACCACGCCUACUAGGCUGCUUUCGAGUGUGGGGUCAAGAAUGUCAGUGUUGACCGUUUUGAUGAUAAUUUCUUAACCUUUGCGCAGCCUGUAUCAGAGAUGAUAGCAUAAGUGUCUUAAAAACUCGGUACCUUUUUGAGGAUUGCUAUGCUAGAGACUGAUAACGGAUGGUCGGACGAAGACAUAUACGAAAUGGCAGAUGUGAACGAGACUACUCGACUGAUGUCGAGCGACCACUGCGGACAGUCGCACACCAUGUCUUUCAAAUCAGCAGAAGCCGAUUCAGAAAGAUUUGCCAUCAAUAAAGGCUACAUUUCAGGUCAGGAUGAAACUUCUUCCGAAAAGGAUGCCAUCCCAUCUCUUCCAGAAACGAACUCUGACGAUGACAGAGGAAGAGCCACAAAACAACAACAAACUACUGCUUACGUUUGGCUGUUGUCAUUCUUUGCGGCUAUUGGUGGUUUUCUGUUUGGUUAUGACACAGGUGUAGUCUCUGGUGCAAUGCUUUUACUGCGUGAAGAAUUUUCUUUGUCGCCAGUUUUGCAAGAAGUUAUAGUUAGUGUUACAAUAGGAGCAGCUUUUUUAUCAGCGAUCAUAGGGGACCUAAGUGAUGCAUUUGGAAGGAAAGUAUGUACCAUUCUGGCCAGUCUUGUCUUCACUGCUGGAGCUCUGGUGCUGGGACUAGCAGAAAAUGUGACCAUGUUGAUCAUUGGCCGACUUAUCAUUGGCAUAGGCAUUGGUGUAGCAUCAAUGACCGUGCCCGUGUAUAUUGCUGAGGUUGCUCCAUCACAUAUACGUGGACGUCUUGUGACUGUAAACACCCUUUUUAUAACAGGUGGCCAGUUUAUAGCUAGUCUUUUGGAUGGAGGCUUUAGCUACAUGAAGUCAGAUGGAUGGAGGUAUAUGCUGGGACUUGCAGGUUUGCCUUCACUGAUACAGUUGAUUGGCUUCUUGUUUUUGCCGGAGAGCCCUCGCUGGAUGAUGAAAAAGGGAAAUGAAUCACGUGCCCGUGAAAUACUUGUAGCUGUUCGUGGCACCAAGGAUGUUGAAGAAGAAAUGGCAGACAUGAGAGAAAGUUGUGAGGAGGAUAAGAGAGAAACCAAUAACUCAAGCUAUCCAACCAUUGUGCUAAUGCUGAAGUCUCCCAGGAUGCGACGAGCAUUGAUUGUUGGAUGUGGCCUCCAGUUUUUCCAACAAGUCAGUGGCAUCAACACAGUCAUGUAUUACAGUGCUUCUAUUAUAAAAAUGGCUGGAGUAAACAAUCAGCACUUAGCCAUCUGGUUGGCUGCCAUGACAGCAGGUAUUAACUUUGUUUUCACUCUUGUGGGAGUCUGGCUGGUAGAACGCAUUGGUCGGAAACGACUUCUUCUAUGCAGCUUGGCAGGUGUCAUUCUCAGCUUGGCUUUGUUAGCUGUUGGUUUCCAGAUUUCUGCAUUUAACUCCCCACACAUUGUCAUCAAUGAAAACAUUUCUAGCAAUAACCAUUGUGUUUCAUACAGCACAUGUGAAUUGUGCAUCGAAGAUAAAAGCUGUGGCUUUUGUUUCGUGGAUGUGAAUGGAGAAGCAAAUAAUGGUUCAUGCCUGUCUGUAUCUAAUGAUAAUGAGGCCUACUCCCAGUAUGGACGAUGUGCUGCCAAUGCCAGCUUGACUGAUGUGGGCCUUGUGUGGGCUAAAGAUUACUGUCCAACAGCUUAUUCAUGGUUGCCGAUAUUUGGAUUGGCAAUGUAUCUUAUGUUUUUUGCACCUGGUAUGGGUCCAAUGCCAUGGACCAUAAAUGCAGAGAUUUAUCCACUGUGGGCUCGUUCCACUGGCAGUUCCAUGUCAGCUGCAACAAACUGGCUGUCCAACCUAGUGGUGUCAAUGACUUUUCUAACCUUGACAGAAACCAUCACAAAAUAUGGGACCUAUUGGUUGUAUGUCGGUGUAGCAUCUGUUGGGUUCUUGUUCUUCCUGUGCUUGCUGCCAGAGACAAAGGGAUGUAAGCUAGAAGAAGUAGAAGAACUGUUCGCAGAAUCAUGGUGCCAUUCAUGCUGCUCAGACAAUGGUCAGGAGGCAAAAUUGCAAAUUAAACAGAAGUCCUCUUCCACACAUCUGUAAUUCCUGACGCAACCAGAUAGUUCUAGCUAUGUAGUCUUAAAACCAUAUACAGAAAAUUUUGAUACUUAUUUAGAGCAUGACUUUUUUUUUAAAGCCAUGAUAUUUCCAUAUAUGAUUAUGUAAAAUGGCAUUCCUUGUGACCAAUUAUGCCUCAGCUCUGUAAUUUUUGUCACACAUUUUCUAAACUAACAUUUAAUAUAGGAUGACUGGCAAAUUUAUUAGUUAUGUGUACAUAUGCACAACACAUGAGCGGCAUAUAAAACUAUUCAUUCCUAGGGAAUAUUACUUAAUUACUUUUAUCUUUUGGAGCUUUUUAUCAUUGUUAUAUUUUUGUACAAUGAAUGAUGAUGCAUAACCCAAGGUAAAGAAUUAGAGUGUUAUUUUUAAUUUUAGAUUUAAAUAAAUAUUCCUUACUCUGUGCCUUUUCAAACACUUUAUUCUCACAGGACAGUUUUUCAUCUAUUUUCAAGCUUUUUGAUAUUUGAAAUUUGUAACAACUUCAGAGAUUUUCAGCCUGUCAGCAGGACAGGACAGUAAAGUUCCAUUUUACAAUUUAUAAAAAGCAAAGAAAGGAAUGGAAAGGACCAUUUCCUUUCUUGAAGAUAAUAAGAGUGAUAUUAUUGCUGUAUAGUUAUAUGUCAAUUUUCCUGUUAUAUAUUUUUAUUGCUCAAACAUAAUCUUAUCAGCCAUAAAAAAGUUAUAAAUGCAUAAAAGAUGUUAAACACAGUCUGACCGCCUUAAAAUAUUUUUUUUCAUGUUGUAUCUAUUAAAAAACCAUCUGCUGCCUCUUUUGCUAGGCAUAAGUUUUCAUUUGACCAUAAGGGUUCCUAGCGUGUUGUGAGUGUAGCAACCAUGCUUCAUACAAACUCAUGGGUUUUAUUCUCUCUUUAUGAGAUCCAGAGCAAAUUUCUAAAAUCCUUGUUCUCAAAUGCCUGGAUUCUUCUUUCUAUAUUAGCAAGCAGAGUCCACAUUUCACAUGUAAAGCGGGUGCACCAGACCUUGUCCAGCCUAGCUAUUGCCAUUCUUGCUAUUGCAAGUCCUGAUACUGAUAUCUGAUUUGGAGCUGCCGUCUUUGUUAAAGGUGGUUUCCAAGUAAGCUGCUUACCUCUUUGAGUCAUACUUCAUUCAUGUACAUAUCUGCUCUGCCAUCACCAAUAGAUAUAACUUUACUCAUCGGGGAUGGUAUCCAUUCCAUAUGCAUUUAAACUGUCAAUCUGUUGCUCUUGGAGUUCUCUAUUAGUGCCUAUCAGACUGAUGUUGUCUGCAAAAUACGUUUUAAAUCGGCCUUCCACCGAUCAAAAUGGAAUCGUGAUGGUCAGUUGUGGAGGGGUUUCACACAUGAUGUUCUCCAGAAAAAUGUUGACAAUCUCAGGGAAACCCUUGAAGGAUACCUGCUGUCUCAUGAAAGCAAGCUCCCAUUUGGCUAUUCAGCAGUACUCCACUCAUGCAGCGCUUUGAUGAGACCUCUUCAAUGUUGAAUUUUUACAUCACAUGCUAUAGCCCCUCAUGCAAGACUUUGACAAAGGCCUUUUAAAGUCUGUGAAGUUGUGGUAGAGGUCCUGCUAAUCCUAUAUAUGCUUAUCUAUAAAGAUGUCACUCUUAAAGAUCAACUCAACUGUGCUCCUACCUGGUCUUAAGCCAGCCCAUGUUCUUCUGUUUUCUGUAUCCUCAGAAAUAUGCCAAAAUGUACAGCUUUGAAAUGCCUUGUGAAAAAACAUGAUUUUUUAUUUUCAGUACAUUUAGCUGUUUAUUAUAAUCUGUAAAGUGCACAAUGAGAGAGGUGUGAUAUUUCCAUUCAGGUUUUUUUCUUUCCAUAAUUGUUGAACCUAUCUUCUCUGAGUGUAGGAGUUUGAAACUGUUGCCUUCAGAGUGUUUGUGUUUGUUCCCCAAGGGAAAAAUAACUACUCCAGAAUAUUUCUGGAUAACUUAUACUGCCAAAAAGUGCCACAUUGCUAAAAAAAAAAAAAUAAUAAUAAUAAAGUCACAUGCUGAUGCAAAUAUGGAUGAUAUCCAUCCCAUUUCCCCUCCAGAUAAACAUUACACAAAUAUCUGUGUGAAUAGUGUUGAAUAAAAUGGAGGAUAGGUGAUGGGGUGGAGAAUAUCCAUGCAUAUGCAUCAGACAAGAUAAAAAAUGUUCAGGGGAGCUGGGUGGAUGGAAUGUGUGGGAAGAGAAAGAUUAAACUACUGGCUCUUUAAAACUCAUUGGCUCUGAGUGAGCAGACACUGUUAAAGGGAUUUUGCUUUAUGUAUGGUGCCUUUAUGUCCAAUAUUGUAACUUACAUAAGGUAAGAGCUUGGUGGGAUGACUUUCUUGUUCUUAAAAGCUUAAGUAAGAAAAGAGUCCUUCAAGAGUUACCACUGUUAUUGUUAUUAAUGACAUAUGAAAAGAAUGAUUAUAUUUGGAACAGCAUACUUUUUAAAAGCAUUUUCAAACUUUUUCAUUAUUAAAACAUACAGCAAUAUAAAUGCUCUCAAGGAGGUAUUUUGUCAGAUAAGACCAAUGGAGAUGUCAAUUACAAUUGUGGAUGAAAUUAUGUUGUAAAGUAUGUUAACUCUUGCAGUGGGUAAAAGGUGACUUUGAUAUUACUGUCAAAUAAAUCACAAUAAGCAGAAAGA